AACUAUCCAUGUUUAUAUCAGUUACUGGGGUAACAAUUUAUCUGCAUGAUACAUACACCGAGAAUUGUAUUCCUCUCGGCGUAUAUAGAGAUAAAAGUUUGUUAUAAUCCCUAUAUUAAGGAUUAAAGUAUUUUUGUUUGGUGGAGAGUACGUUGCGAGCAGCCUAAAUGGCACUAGUGUAGUCGAUAGGCUUUUAAACUCCAAUUAAUAAACCAUCUCAAUCCUCCACAGACAAUAGAAAUGAAAUAAUGAUUGAAUUUCGGUUAAUAUUUGUGAAACAGUGAUGAAAAGUGAAUGAAAUAUCUCAGGUUAUUAGUGUAUAGGAAAUAAUCACUGAAAAAAAGUGAAGCAUUGAUGGCGGAUAAAACCCAUGGACCACCUGUGUUAGUGAACACUGCAUACCACCUGUGUUAGUGAACACUGCAUACCACCUGUGUUAGUGAACACUGCAUACCACCUGUGUUAGCGAACACUGCAUACCACCUGUGUUAGCGAACACUGCAUACCACCUGUGUUAGUGAACACUUCAUACCACCUGUGUUAGUGAACACUGCAUACCACCUGUUAGUGAACACUGCAUACCACCUGUGUUAGUGAACACUGCAUUAACUGACGAGUAAACACUGUACUACAGGUUUUGGACUGCAUCAAGUGUGUUGCUGGUGAGAGGGAAGGCAACACAGUGAGACGUGAUCUUCCGCAACACAAGGCUCAGAAUGUCCUCCCCUGCAAGAAGGAGUUCUCCGUUGCUAUAGCAUGAAGUACUGUCCAUAUGCACAGCGUGUGCGUAUUAUUAUUGCUGCUAAGAAUGUCAAACACGAAAUAGUCAACAUCAACUUAAAAUCAAAGCCAGAUUGGUUUUUUGAGAAGAACCCAUUAGGAAAGGUGCCAGCAUUAGAGAAAGAUGGAGCACUGAUGUUUGAAUCCAUGGUUAUUUGUGAUUAUUUAAAUGAAGCAUACCCAGAGCCUCCUCUCUAUCCUGCUGAUCCUUGGCAAAAAGCACAUGAUAGAGUUUUUAUUGAAUUAUGGUCCAAGGUGUCUUCUCCUAUGUAUAAAGUAUACUUUGCUAAAGGAGAUCAGCAUGUGCUAGCUCAGUGCUUUGAUGACAUCAGAGAUGGGCUCGACAUGUUCGAGGUGGAGCUCUCUAAGAGAGGCACCUGCUUCUUUGCUGGAGCCAAGCCUGGCAUGUUGGAUUAUAUGAUCUGGCCCUGGGUGGAGAGGCUUCCCAUGGCCCAACAGAUGGCUGGUGACGAUGAUGCGCUUCCUGAAGAACGCUACCUCAAACUGUUGUCAUGGAUGACAAACAUGAAGGAGGAGCCAGCUGUUAGGGCGACCUUCAUGUCUCCUGAAACUCACCUCAAGUUUCUGUUAUCUCACAUCAGUGGAUCCCCAGAGUAUGAUAUGGAAGAAUAAUACACGAUAAACCGUUGUAGUUAUCUCUAAUACACCACAUAUACUUCAAAUUUUUGAGGUGACGAAAAGUAGUUGCGGAAGUGUUGCUACGAUAGAACGUAACUAUGAAGACUGUCAGCUAGCGUGACUGCAGUAAAAUGACUUUACAGUUUCUCACCUUGCUUUAUAGUUUUAUAGCUACAGAAAACUUUGUUAUUCAUGAGAGUUACAUUACUAAAGUGUUAGCAAAUAUUAAGUAACAGUAGAUCAACAAAAAUGAAGACAGUGUAAUGGAGUGUGGAUUGAUUAUUUAUGGUGUCAGCACAUGCAGGAAGGAACUUCCACGAACUUCAUUUUGUCGCUCAACUUCAUCACUUUUUUUGCUCUUAGGAGUGAAAAAUUAGACAUGUGCAACAUCUGGGUUUCUUUAUUGUAGACGUCUUGUCAUCCAAUGGCUUUAUCAAUACAAGGUCAAGGACAUAUUGGAAGACAGAACUAUAUACAAAAGAUGAGGUAAUCAGUCAUUUUGUAUAUAGUUCUACUGUCUUCCAAUUAUGUCCUUGUAUUUGUAUUGAUAAAGCCACUGGAUGGCGAAACGUCUACAAUAAAGUUACCCAGAUGCUGCACGUGUAUCUAAUUCUUCAUCUUUUCGGUAUUGUCAUACCAUACAUGUACAACCUCUUAAGAGUACUGUAUACUGACCUUCCCCAGUGUUGAUGUGCAUGAGUGAUACGAUGCACGACACUGUUGCAUAAUGAUACGAAAAUACAGUAACUUCAUAAAUGAGAGUAGCGGGAGUGUGGCAGAACAGCGUGCUUGCAGCAGGAAGACCAAAUUAUUGCUCUUGGCAAAAUAAAAGGAAGCCACAGCACAGUACUGCUUUGAAUCUUUGACUGCAUCAACAACAGUGCAGCAGCACCCGUGUCCAUGGUUAUGGUUACACUGCUACUGUUGUAUCAGAGUAUACUCCUAAAUGAAUCACAAGUGAGCAGUAUUAAUAUUUAUGCAUUACAAGUAAUGAAAAAGACUUGAUAUGUGUGAGUCUUGACAUGGAUUCUCUGGCUGCCUCUGGUCUCUAUUUCGUUAACGGGGAACCUUCCACUUCACAAGCAAAUAACCAGAUAAAUCCAUAGGAGUCUGUUGUAAUUAGUCAAAGUUCAUUAAUACAACGACCCUGUCUCAUGUUACACUUUCUCACACAUUAAUUAGCAUCAGUUUCAGAACAUUUCAUGGAUGCUGAAUUUAACUUCUUAUUUUUAUGCAUUGGCUAGGUUGAUAUAGGUUAUAAAAAAUCAUUUAUUUACCCAAACAUGAGUUAGUAACGAAACUGACGUGACACGUCUGAGAGCACGGUGUCGUAGUGAAACCAGGAAUCGUUGUGAUGAUAUUUUUCACGAGCACCGUGACGACAGGCUGCAUAACAUUGUGAAUAACAAAGAUUUACUGUAUUUGCCAUGUAAAUUAACAUGAAAGCCAAAUAUUGUUGCAAGAAUUAAUUUUAGACAAACUAGUCAUAGGUAUAGUAAGUGCAUCAAUCUUCAGCUGUGAUGAGUUAUCAUCUAUCUUAUUCAGUACUCUGUGUGUUCGUGGUAAAGGUGAGAACUAUGGGAGUAACAGUGAUGUUUUCACUGUUGUGUGUGCGAUAUUUUUUUCUGUCUACAGUACAGGAGGUCGCCAACUUCAACACACGAAGCACCUUGGAACCGUCUUUUACACACACACACACACACACACACACACACACACACACACACACACACACACAACACACACACACACACACACACACACACACACAAAGCACCUAGGAACUAUCUAAUAUGAACAUGACCAUGAAACAUUACCCUCCCUUUUAACAUUGCUUUCAUGAAGAUAACAUGUUCGUAAGUUGAAACACCAGAAUGCUACUUGUUCGUGAGUUGAAACACCAGAAUGCUACUUGUUCGUAACUUGAAACACUAGGAAUACAAAGUUGGUGACCGUUUGUAUAGUACAUUGUAUUCCUGUCCUUAGCUGCCAUGUAAUGACUUAAUCAUCUUGUAAUUAUUAACAUUGUAUUUAACAGUGUAGCAAAAGAAUAACAGAUCUGAAAAGCAUUAGUUUCUUUUAUUCAC